UUCUUCUUAUUGGGAAUGGACGAUGGAAUGUUCUCUAGCUUUAUCAUGAUCAAAAACCUCCUUGUCUUUUGUAUUUCCAUGAACCUGGCCAGUCACUUUGGCUUUUCACAGAUGCCGACCAGUGCAGUGAAAGAUGAGACCAACGACAACAGCACCAUCUUCACCAGGAUCCUGGACGGGCUUCUGGACGGUUACGACAACCGGCUGCGGCCGGGGCUCGGAGAGCGCGUCACCCAGGUGAGGACCGACAUCUACGUCACCAGCUUCGGCCCGGUGUCCGACACGGAGAUGGAAUACACCAUCGACGUGUUCUUCCGACAAAGCUGGAAGGACGAGCGCCUGCGCUUCCAGGGGCCGAUGCAGCGCCUCCCGCUCAACAACCUGCUGGCCAGCAAGAUCUGGACGCCGGACACGUUCUUCCACAACGGGAAGAAGUCCAUCGCGCACAACAUGACGACGCCCAACAAGCUGCUGCGCCUGGAGGACGACGGCACCCUGCUCUACACCAUGCGCUUGACCAUCUCUGCAGAGUGUCCGAUGCAGCUGGAAGACUUCCCCAUGGACGCGCAUGCUUGCCCCCUGAAAUUCGGCAGCUAUGCGUACCCUAACUCCGAGGUCGUCUACGUCUGGACCAACGACACCACCAAGUCGGUGGUGGUGGCAGAAGACGGCUCCAGGCUGAACCAGUACCACCUGAUGGGGCAGACAGUGGGCACGGAGAACAUCAGCACCAGCACGGGCGAGUACACCAUUAUGACGGCUCAUUUCCACCUGAAGAGGAAGAUCGGGUACUUCGUCAUCCAGACCUACCUUCCCUGCAUAAUGACUGUGAUCUUGUCACAGGUCUCAUUCUGGCUGAACAGGGAGUCCGUCCCAGCCAGGACUGUGUUCGGGGUGACCACGGUGCUGACCAUGACAACGCUCAGCAUCAGCGCCCGGAACUCGCUGCCCAAGGUGGCCUACGCCACCGCCAUGGACUGGUUCAUCGCCGUGUGCUACGCCUUCGUGUUCUCCGCGCUCAUCGAGUUCGCCACGGUGAACUACUUCACCAAGAGGGGCUGGGCCUGGGACGGCAAGAAAGCCUCCGAGGCGGCCAAGUUCAAGAAAAAGCAGCGGGAACUCAUACUAAAUAAGUCCACAAACGCUUACACCACCGGGAAGAUGACCCACGCCCCCAACAUUCCGAAGGAGCAGACCCCGGCAGGGACCGCCAACACCUCCUCAGUCGCAGCAAAUCCUGCUGAAGACAAGACCCCUGAGAACAAAAAGACUUACAACAGCAUCAGCAAAAUCGACAAAAUGUCCCGAAUUGUAUUCCCAGUCCUCUUUGGCACUUUCAACCUGGUGUACUGGGCAACAUAUUUGAAUAGGGAGCCGGUGAUUAAAGGGGCCACCUCUCCAAAAUGA